AUCGCAUGGGCCUUGGUUUGUUUAUCCAAUUGCCUGGCAUUAAAUUGACGAGACAGUGCGGGGCAUUCCCCCGACGCGGGGCGUCGCCAUAGAGCGGGGGACCACAGCAACACGGAGCUUCGUGGAACUUGGCUGCCAUCUGAUCCGAUCGCAUCCAGAAUCGUCCCCGAAACUUUCAACGACCAGGAGCCCGCCACAGCCCGCCGACCCUACGAACCGUCUGCCUCCUUCCGUUCCAACCCAGUCCCACCGUAACGCCAUCGCCUUGAUUUUUUUUUUUUAAAGGGGAAGGAGCGGGCAGAGAACUAGCAACCCCCUCCCCCCCCCCCAAAAUCAACGGGGCCAGAGCACGACAAGGUUUCAGCGUCGCUGCCCAUUAAUUAGCACGCGAGCUCAGCCCGAUCGAACUAGCUGGAACCCCAGCCUUCCUCUCCCGCCUACGCGGAUACACAUUUGCAGCCCCGAAGUUCCCAUUCUACCUACCCAACAUGUCUAGCAAGAUCGAAAAGAUUAUCGCGCGCCUGCAAAAGCGCAUCGCCGAGGGCGCCUUCGAGGAGCAGUACGAAGCGGCACAAGAGACGAGGCUGGUCGCGGCGCGAUACACCAAGCAGAGCAACUGGUCGGCGGCCGUCGACAUCCUGUCCAAUGUGUCGCAGACGCUGCUGCGGGCGGGCCAGGGCGGCAGCGGCGGGGACCUGGCGAUCCUGCUGGUGGACGUGUACCGGCAGGCCGGGCAGAAGCCGGACGGGAGCUCGCGGGGCAAGCUGCUGACCUGUCUGAGGCUAUUUGAGCGCGGGGAGCCCAUGAGGAAGAAGUUCAUCAAGGAGAUGAUGGAUUGGUCCAAAAAGUUGGGUGACUUCCCCGCAGGCGACCCAGAGCUGCACCACGUCGUUGGCGCAAUGUACGCCGAGGAGCACGAGGCUGAAGAGGCGGAGCGGCACCUGAUACUGGGCACCAAAGAGUCGGCCGAGGUGCUCAGCCGGAUGGAGUACGAGUGGUACAAGGAGGACGAGUCGCACACGGCACCGCUGUACUGCGCCCGCGCUGUGCUGCCCUACCUGCUCGUCGCCAACGUCCGCGCCGCAAACGCGUCCUACCGCGCCUUUGUCAGCGCUCUCGUGGCGGAUAACAAGGGCCUUGCCGUGCAGGACGUCAGCUCCCAGGGCUCUGAUGUCCGCAUCUUCCCCAGCCUGCCCCUGCUCAACUUCCUCGGCCUGCUCCUCCUCGCGGUGCAGAAGGGCCACCCUGAUCUCUUCCGGCAGCUCAAGACCAAGUAUGCGGCCAACAUCAACGAGCUCGGCGGAGCCUGGGAUACGGCACUCGAAAUGAUCGCCGAGAUGUACUUUGGAAUCCAGCGUCCGAGGCAAAGCAAUCCGUUGUUCGACAUGAUGGGUAGUCUGUUUGGAGGGGGCGCACCUGCGGGUGGGUCGAGUAGGCCGGCGGGUCGCCGGGUAGAGGCGCCUGCUGCUGAGGGGUUGGAUUGACGGGCUCCUGUUUGUUUUUGAAGGAAGGGGACCGAAUAGCCGAAUGGGGGAAUGUCGAGUCAUGAAGCCGAGCGACGGAGAAACCGCGACUGGAUGAGGGACUAAUGAAUCUUUACGUUUGUCAACGGGCAUCAGUCAUUGAUGCCGCUGGGGCCGUGGCCCCGGUUCGUACAGCCAGUUGUCCUCUGCUAAUGCAGCAACCUUGGCUCGUAAGCUAGCUUUAACCGCCUCUAGGAGCUCUGUAGUUGAGAGAAAAAUGGUUGGUUUUAGUCAAGCGAACUCAACAAG